UAAUCACAUGAGGAGCAAGUCAUUGCCGUGUUUGACCUCAAAAAUCAAAAACACGACACAAAAUUCUCGGCAACGCAACUCACGCUGCCCUCAACAACACAAAAAAACUCAGAUUUCAUUCUCCUUUAUGCUCCUCUCUCACCAUUUUUCCGUUAAAAAGAUUAUUAUUCUGAUCGCUCAAAGAGAUGCGAGGAACUAAUGUAAAUGAUGGAAGAGCUGAUAACAACAACACUUUAGAUACUAUAAACGCUGCUGCUUUUGCCAUAGCCUCUGCCCAGAACCGCGUUUCCCAGCCUUCUACCCAGAAGAAAAGAUGGGGGAGCUGGUUGGGCAAAAUUGGGUGUUUUGGAUAUCAAAAAAGCCGAAAGCGCAUUGGGCAUGCUGUCCUAGUUCCAGAACCAACCUGCAAUGGAGCUGAUCCUGCUGCUAGUUCAAAUCAAGCACCUAGUAUAACGCUUCCCUUUGUGGCACCUCCCUCAUCUCCUGCAUCUUUCUUUCAAUCAGAACCUCCCUCAACUGGUGUGUCUCCUGGUGGCCCUGCCUCAAUCUUUGCCAUUGGCCCUUAUGCCCAUGAAACCCAAUUAGUCUCACCGCCGGUUUUCUCGGCUUCAUCCACUGCUCCUUUCACUCCACCUUUCACCACUCCUUCUUCCCCCGAGGUUCCUUUUGCUCAGCUACUUGACCCCAAUAAUAAGAACGCUGAAACCUUUCAGAGGUUCCAAAUAUCUCACUAUGACUUCCAAUCCUAUCAGUUUCAUCCUGGAAGUCCAGUUGCUCAACUCAUAUCACCAAGAUCCACCAUCUCAUCGCCACUCCCUGACUCUGAAUUUAAUGCCACUUUCUCCCAUAUCCUUGAUUUCCCGAUAGCAGACCCUCCCAAGCUUCUCAACUUAGAUAGUAAACUUUCUGCUUGUGAAAACCGGAAGUCAAACCAUGGUUCCGGGUCUCUGACACCCGAUGCUGCGAGGUCCACAACUCAAUCCGCUUUUCUUUCAAAUCAUUGGGUUUCUGAGAUCAAAAUGUCCCCACAUCCAAGCAAUAAUCGCCUCAAUGAGAUUAGUAUAAAUCAUAGAGUUUCCUUUGAGUUAUCAGCCCAAAAAGUGCUAAAAUCUCUGGAAAACAAGCCAGCAGCAUCAGUGUGGACUAAUGUGGUGUCAAAAUUGAAAAAUGAUGCUCCAACAACUGACAAAGAAGAAAAAUCCGUAGAAGCUGUGCUCGAUGAAAAACAAGUAGUUAAAGAAGCUCACAAUGAUCAACCACUGGAAGAAAUCACUUUGGGUGGAGAAAAGGCAACAACAACAGUUCAUGAGAAGGAUCAGUCCUUAACACUUUCUUCUGCUAAAGAAUUCAAUUUUGAUAAUGCAGAUGGAGGAGAUUCGCUUGCUCCCAAUAUAGUUGCUGACUGGUGGGCUAAUGAGAAAGUUGCAGGGAAGGAGAGAGAGGCAUCCAAGGAUUGGUCCUUUUUCCCAUUGAUUCAACCUGGUGUCAGCUAACCAAUAUGGCUUCAUCUAUUUGGCAUUGAUUUUUAAUUUUGUGCCUUGAUGCUUGACAGAACCCAACAGCACACAUCCUAUAAUAUAGAAUCAUAGUAAAUUAAGAUUUGGAAGGCUAACACAGUGAUGGGGUUCUUUUUUGAACUCAAUGGCCCCGAAAAAAUAAAUAGUGAGUUUGCUUAUUAAUUAUUAUGUGUUGUAGUUUUCCCAGGUUUGGAUUAGAAAUAGCUGUACAUUUUUAGCAUCUAUGUUUAUAUUAUAUAUGUAAUAUAGUUGACUGUCAUUAUUGUUAACUAAUGAAGACGAUUAUAAUAUAUAUGGCUGAAGAUCAUGAUUCUUUUUAUUA